AUGGGCGCCGAAAUCGACUUUACCACCUUCCGCAAUGUCAUCAACGGGGAGUUGACAUCGACUGAGCAGACCCGCCACGGCAUCAAUCCAGCAACGGGGAAUCCAAACCCGGAAGUUCCAGUUUCCACUCCAACAGAUGUCGAUGCCGCCGUCGAGGCCGGGCUAGUUGCUUUCAAGUCCUGGUCAAAAACCUCCCGAAAGGUGCGCGAGCAAGCUCUGCUCGGCUUCACCGGUGCCAUUACGCGUUACAGGGAGCAACUGACCAAGCUACUCGUGCAAGAACAGGGGAAGCCUGUGAUGUUUGCCAACGGUGAGGUUGAUGGUGCCCUUGCAUUCCUGCGAAGCAUCGUGAAUCUCAAACUUGAAGAAGAAAUUGUGGAAGACACGGAAGAUAGGCAGGUAAUUGUUCGUUUUACGCCACUUGGCCUCGCCGUUGGAAUCGUGCCAUGGAAUGCUCCACUUGUCAUUGCAGUGAUGAAGAUAGCGCCGGCGGUUUUGACUGGAAAUACGAUCAUCAUAAAGCCUUCACCCUUUACUCCUUAUUGCGACUUGAAACUCGUUGAGAUCGCGCAGCAAUUCUUCCCGCCUGGUGUAGUCCAGGUUCUUAGCGGCGAUGACAGCUUGGGCCCUUGGUUAACUGCCCACCCUGGACCUGCUAAGAUCAGCUUCACUGGGUCUUCCGCGACCGGUAAGAAGGUCAUGGAAAGUGCAAGCAAGACCCUGAAGCGAGUGACUCUGGAGCUUGGAGGAAAUGACCCUGCCAUCAUCUGCGCUGAUGUCGACGUCGACAAAGUUGCGCCCAAGAUAGCUAUGAGCUCAUUUGCAAAUGCGGGCCAGAUUUGCGUUGCAAUCAAACGAAUUUAUGUGCAUGAAUCCAUCUAUGAAAAAUUCCGCGAAGCCAUUGUUCGCGCAACCGCCGCUCUCAAAGUCGGCGAAGGCAACGAGCCAGGCGUCUUCCUCGGGCCGGUCCAGAAUUCCAUGCAGUUCGAAAAAGUCAAAACAUUCUUCGCUGAUAUAGAAAAAGAAAAAUGGAAUGUAGCAAUUGGCGCAAAGGGCGAUAUGGGGAAACCCGGAUAUUUCUUUGAGCCCACGAUUAUCGACAAGCCCCCUGCAGAUUCUAGGAUUGUCGUAGAGGAGCCGUUUGGGCCGAUCGUCCCGUUGUUGACCUGGAACGACGAAGCUGCUGUUAUCGAAGCCGCAAAUAACACUAAAAUGGGCCUCGGGGCCUCUGUAUGGUCUAGUGACCUUGAACAAGCCCGUCGAAUCGGUGACCAGAUAGAGGCAGGCAUUGUGUGGAUAAACAAACACUUUGAUGCUUGUUUCGAGGCGCCAUUUGGUGGACAUAAAGAGAGUGGAAUUGGAUAUGAGGGAGGCUUGGGUGGUUUGAAGGGCUUUUGCAAUGCACAGACAAUCAAUAUUAACAAGAACCUCUGA